GCGCGCUUCGCAUUCCUGCCGCCUUGGCGCCUUCGUCCCUUUUAAAUUGAGUUGACGCCAGAGACCCCUAUGACAGGAUCACUGAAAUUGGAAAAAUGGCAGCCCGCACGAGGAUCAGUAGCACCUUCUCGCGGAUUUUAAGACCUAAAUUUCGUCGUAAUGAAUUUCGUCGGAGUCUUUGCAGCAGCAACGGAGGCGCCGUUGCCCCUCCCCCUUUGUCCCAGGCCCUUCCAGGACUGCCUUCGGCCGUUUUUGCCUCUCCUGGAGGGCAACCCCACGAAACUCGAGUCACUAGGCUGUCAAAUGGAAUGAGAAUUGCCACCGAGGACAACUUCGGACAGUUUUGCACUGUUGGAGUGGUCAUCGACGCCGGGUGUCGCUACGAAGUCGCCUACCCUAGUGGAGUGUCCCACUUUUUAGAAAAAUUGGCAUUUUCAUCAAGCGCCGAAUAUGAGGACCGUGACCACAUCAUGCAGGUUUUGGAGGAGCACGGUGGAAUUUGCGAUUGCCAGUCAUCUCGAGACACAUUCAUCUACGCUGCAUCAGCUGACACGAGAGGGGUUGACAGUGUCGUUAGUGUCCUUGCAGACACAGUCCUUCGACCGAGGCUAACAGACCAAGAAGUUGAUUUCGCAAGAAUGACAGUGCAAUUCGAACUGGAAACUUUGGCUAUGAGGCCUGAGCAGGAAACGAUCCUGACUGAUAUGGUACACGCAGCUGCUUUCCAGGACAACACUCUUGGCCUGCCAAAGAUCUGCCCAGAGGCCAAUCUUGGCCGCAUUAACCGACAUACUCUUCUUUCCUUCCUUUCUAGACACUUUGUGCCAGAGCGUAUGGUUUUGGCGGGCGUGGGAGUUCCUCAUGAGCAGCUGGUGGCCGCUGCCGAGAAGCACUUUGUUCAGAAACGGCCGGCGUGGACCAGCGGCCAGGGACCAGAGGUGGACACCUCCUUCGCGCAGUGGACCGGCGGCAUUCAGCUUGAUGAGACCCGUGUCCCGCAACAUGCAGGCCCCUCCGGCCUGCCUGAGCUGGCACACAUGGUGAUUGGCCUGGAAGCUGUUGGCCACCAGGACGACGACUUUGUCGCUGUUUGCGUGCUGAAUAUGAUGAUGGGUGGUGGGGGAUCCUUCAGCGCCGGCGGACCUGGAAAAGGGAUGUACACGAGAUUGUACACUAAUGUUCUUAAUAGAUACCACUGGAUGUACAACGCUACUGCUUACAACCAUGCCUACUCUGACACUGGCCUCUUCUGCAUCCACGCCAGUGCUCCUCCAAGUCAUCUGCGACAGGUGGCUGAAGUGAUCAUCAAGGAAAUGGUUGGAAUGGCUGGCUCUGUUGGCAAGAUGGAACUCGAGCGGGCCAAAACACAGCUUCAGUCAAUGUUACUUAUGAAUUUGGAGGCGAGGCCUGUUAUCUUUGAGGAUAUCGGACGACAAGUACUUGCUACUGGCGAGCGAAAACGUCCGGAAUACUUCAUGAAGCAAAUUUCUCAAAUUAGCGAGACUGACAUAGCCAGAGUUGCUAAGCGACUUUUGAAGUCAUCACCUGCUGUCGCUGCCAGGGGAGACCUCUCAAAGAUGCCAUUACUUUCCGACCUCCAGGCAGGGCUCUUGGACGAGACUGGAAAGAUGCCAUCAAAACUUGGACGGGGACUCCUCUUUAGAUAACUCAUUAAUUAAACUGUUGUUGUUGUUGGAACAAAUUAAAAAAUUGCAUAAUGUUACAUCUGUGAAUGCGCAAUAAAAUCAGAAUAAUCUAAGUUAAAAA